UUUGACUCUUAUGUAGACACCUUCAAAAUAAAGUGUUACCGUUUCUUGCUUAAGUCACAAAGGCAUGUUCAAAAAAUUGCCUAAGUCAUUUAUUUCUCUUAAGUUACAUAAUUUACACACAGUGUUAUUACUAUGCCAAUAGCCAUCCUUUGUUACAUCCUUUUUGAGUGAAAUGAUCAAUAAAUGUCAUAUGUUACACUUUUGGUGAAGUUUUAUGUGUUUCCUGCAAAACUUGGAAAAAAUGAGUUAGGCGAUUAUUUUAACAGGGUGACGAUAUAUUACUGUGGCAGUAUGUAAAUAACAUUCAAGCAAGUACUUUACAUAACUUCAAAUUCGAGGUACUUGUACUUUACUUUAGCAUUUCCAUUUUAAGCGACUUUAGAAGUGCAUGUUGUACUUUUUUAUCCAUUAUGUUCAUCUGACAGUUUAAGUUACUUUUCAGAUUACAGUUUUUCAUCCCCUUGCUGUUCAUUGUAUCCGGUGACCAUAUACAGGUGCAUCUCAAUACAUAGAAUAUUAUGGAAAAGUCAGUUUCCAGUAGUUCAAGUGAAACAGCCCCAACCAAGUAUUGAGUGCAUAUAGAUGGACAUACUUUUCAGAGGCCAACAUUUCCAUAUUAAACAAACUUUUUAAAAUUGGUCUUUUGUAUUAUAAAAUUUUUUUGAGACACUGAAUUUUAGGUCUUUCAUUGUAAUCAGAAUAUAUUAAAUAAAUUAAGACGUGAAAUGCUUCAUUCUGUGUGUAAUGGAUCUAUAUAAUGUGUUAUUUCCACUUUUUGAAUUGAAUACUAACAUGAAUAUACGUUCUAUGAUAUUCUAAUUUAUUGAGGUUCACCUGUAUCUCCAGAAGUGUUGACUUUGAAUGUUUGUGAUGAACUGAAGGAUGAAAUGUUCCUUUUUUUAAUUUCAUUUUUUUAAUCUACAUAAACUAUUUAAAACCCUUAUCAGCAGUAAUGUGAAUCUAAACACAUCAUAUAUGAUAAAAAAAAAGGUAACAUUUUAUUUCACAACAAGUACUUUUACUUUUCUUACUUUAGGUGCGCUGACAAUACUUACUUAAUACUCACUACUUAAGUAAGCUUUUGUUUGCAGGACCUUUACUUGUAGUUAUUUAACGUGUGAUUUUAGUACUUUUACUCAAGAAAAGGCCCAAAAUACUUCCUCCACUUGUGGCAAUAUGCUUUGUUCUCACUCGUGUGUUGUGCCCCAGGUUUUGAGCCUUGUGCUGGCAAUGGGGGACAUGAAGACCCCAGACUUUGACGAUUUGCUGGCAGCUUUUGACAUUCCUGACAUUGAUGCCAAAGAGGCCAUUCAGUCGAGUCCAGAGGAGGAACGAGAUGAGGUGGGGACCAAUGCAGAAAAGAGAGAAAGUGGGUCUCCUUCAUGCUUUCCCUGCCCAUCUGCCUCACACAGUGACCCUCCUGUGGUCAGUGUAAUUGUGAAAAACACAGUGCGGUCCGAGUCUUUUGAAGAGGAGGACAAGUCUGUCAGGGAUAAUACCGACAAUCCCUCAAGCAGUGGCUCAAACUCUCAGGUUCAGGUCAAGGUGGGUGACCUCACCUCACAGCUCAGUCCCCAAAUACCUGCUGAUGCCCCUGUGGAGCCCCAAAUUGCCAAUGGCUUUGAGGGUUCUGUUUCUAGGGAUCAGGGGCAGUCCAGCACAGAGUCCUGGCACCCUUGUUCACCAUUGAGGUCCACACUGAAUGCUAAUGAGGUUGAAAGCGAUGAAUGCGAUGAGGUUGGAUCGAAGCACACGACUGAUGUCAUAAACUGUUUAACACCGCUCCUAAGCAUCCAGACUUCGACGAGUACUGGUCCCAACUCCCCCCCUUCUCUCUCCCAACGCUCAGUCAGUCCUCACCUUCCUCCUCACUCCCCUCAGAAAGAGGAAACUUGUGUCAUCGGUAAUCCAUCAUCCUCCCCUUUACAACGAAACGGGAGUAUCAAGGCUGGAAUUAAGCGUGUUUUGCAUUCAGAUGAAGAAGAGUCAGAGCCAGACUUAGGGAGCCCACUGGUGAUCCAGGAGAGCCCAGAUUCUGAACUGUCCCCGCCUCCCAAAUUUAAACGCAGAGCAAAGCUCCGGUCGGAGCUGCUCGGAUCUCCUACAACCACUUCCUGUCUUGAUUCUCAUCCAACUCAUCAGCCACCCAAACUUGAAAAUAAGAGCCAACCUACCACCAACCGUUCUCCCUCCACAGAUCCUCAACCACGGAACCCCCGGGACCGCCUCCCCACCCUCACCACGGGCCCUGCACCAGUCCAAGAGGAGAAAUACCCCGAACAUGUGAUUGAUGAGAGGGACUCGCCUGAGAGCCCACCGCCCAGUGAAACAGGUCUUGUUGUCCCCAAGAGAAGCAGCAGCCCUGAUUUGGCCCAAACAGCAGCAAACCACAAGUAUGUCUGUCACCAAGAAGAGCUCACGGAAAAUGAGCCCAAGGAAGAUCAAGAGCCACGAGACACUGAGGAGCAGAGUGAAAAGGUGGCGGCAGAUGGAGAAAAUGUAAAAGAGGAGAACUGUGGUGCUGGCACUGAAGAUCCUGCGUCCACUAGUGCUGCAGAGACCGUUUCAUCUCCAAUGCGUCCCCUCAAAGUUAAAAUCAGAAUGCCUACAGGGAGCCUCACAAGGACUGCGACUGGUGUUGCAACUAAAAGAAGUGGAAGAGCCGCUACAAAGAGUGCGAAUAGUUCAAACCCUCUACCAGAACAUCACAACACAAGAUCCAAGCGGGAGUUAUCACAGCCACCUCAGUUACCUGCAAUGUCGAUGCUCCAGGAUGCCUGUGCUGCAACUCUGGAAGGUGCCAGUACAGUUAAAGACAGAACAGUGGACCCCAAACCAAAAGUAUCGCCUACAGCUGUUAGCAUUACCAAAACUGCAGCCCUGCCCUCCAUCUCCAUCUCUACUCCCAGAGUCAGCCUGGGUGGGGUCAACCCUCGCAGCCUGAGUCAGAAAACUGUGAACAGUGGAGUGACACUUCCUGCACCUUCACCUCUGCUCACACCUCAGAGUGGCAGCAGACCAGCUUCAAUAGUUAACAGCACUGGAGCAAUCAUAUCCAAGACUCAGACCAACCUGGUAGAAGCUUUCAACAAGAUCCUUAACAACAAGAACCUGCUGCCCAGUUAUAAACCAGAUCUGAGCUCCCCUCCUCCUGCAGAGUGGGGCCUUCCUCUCCCCGCACAGGGUUACCGCUGCUUGGAGUGCGGUGAUGCUUUUGCUCUGGAGCAGAGCUUGAUGCGGCACUACGAUCGGCGCUCACUCCGGAUUGAGGUGACCUGUAAUCACUGCGCCAAACGGUUAGCCUUCUUCAACAAAUGCAGCCUGCUUUUCCACGCCAGAGAGCACAAGGAGAAAGGCUUGAUCAUGCAGUGUUCACACCUGGUGAUGAAGCCUGUACCUGUGGAGCAGAUGAUCAGCCAGCAGGAGCCCACAGCGACUGGAUCACCAUUAUUAGGGCAGGCCGCCACAAACCCAACACCACAGCCACCUCAAGCAGCAUCCAAGAAGAAAGCAGAGGCAGUGCAGUACAUCAGUAAUAACUGUCCUGAGUGUCAGGCUCAGUUUAACAGCAGAGAAGAAGUGGCCGCGCAUUUUCAAGAAAUCAAAGCAGCACAAACCUCUUCAUGCACAGAGUGUUCUCCUCCGAUGCUGCUGCCCAACAGCUGCAGCACAGCAGCUCAUCAACGCAUCCACCAAGGCAGCCCGCCGAACGUCUGCCCAGAGUGUGGGGGCACGGCCAAGCAGCCGCUGUUUCAGACGCACCUCGACGAGACCUGUUUACACUUUGCACGCCGCAUUGGAUACAGAUGUUCCAGUUGCCUGGUGGUGUUUGGCGGACUGAACUCGGUGAAGUCUCACAUCCAACAGGCUCAUUGUGAUAUGUUCCACAAAUGCCCCAGCUGUCCAAUGGCUUUCAAAUCUGCUCCCAGCAUACAGAACCACAUCAGUGCCCAACAUCCAACACUUACUGAAGGACAGACCAUGUCAAUCUAUAAAUGUGUCAUGUGUGACACAGUUUUUACAAAUAAGUCCCUGCUGCACGUCCACUUUGACAAUCACUUAACCAAUCAGAAGGUGCAUGUGUUUAAAUGCCCUGAGUGCACCAAGCUGUUUUCUCAGAGGAAUUCUCUUCUGGACCAUUUCAAGACCCAUAAAACUCCCGCAUUAAAACAAGAGCUGCCUUCACCUCCAGCUGCUUCCUCUCGUUCACGGCCUUUAGUGAAGUUGGAGAGCUCAGAUGCAGAUGAAUGGAUGGAUGACAACAAAGAAGAUAAAGUGAAGCCGGGGCGGGUGAAGACCCCCUCAGGGUGGAAGUGUGCGCCUUGCCAUGCACGCUACACAGACCGGGAAGACUACAUUACCCAUAUGGCUGAACAACACAACAAGAAACUGAAGAAAUUUCCUUGUAACAAGUGUGAGAGCUCCUUCACUACCACCUCCAGUAUGAGACGUCACAUCAGAGACAAACACAAAGGCAUGAAUCGUAGCUUUCGCUGCCAGUUCUGUACUGAGGGUAAGAAAACAUUCAGCAGCAGAGCGAUGUUGGAGAGGCAUGUUCAGCUGAGACACAGUGUGGAACCGCUGAGCCAGGACACACUGACGGGAGGCGAAGAUGAGGCCGGCAGUUCCUCAGAACACGACGGCACGGCGGCUGUCCGGAGGCGGAGAAGGGCUGUGAAGAUGGAGCCGGAUGAAGACUCCACAGAUGGAACGAGUCCAGUGAAGAAGUUGCGAACCUCCUCCUCUGCUCCUGCUCCCUACUCCCUUCCCGAGUCUGGGUUUCGCUGUGCCCCCUGCGGCUUCACCACAGAGGACAAGGCCUCCUUCCUGGAACACAUCAGCCUGCACCGGCGUGGAGGGACGGAGGGUGGCGCCAGUCAGCAGUGUCUACAAUGUGGUGCCUGCUUCACAUCCAUCUCCUCCCUGUCACGCCAUCGCUUCAUCAGCCACAAAGUGAGAGAUGGAUCCAGUGACAACCAGCAAUCCCUCAGCGGCCACCCAGCAGCCUCCUCUGGUAACAGCAGGAACCACGAGGAUAAGAGCUGCUUGGACGGUUCAGCACCAGCAUCGCCCUCCUCUCAGUCCUCCAAAGCUCAGGGGAAGGAAGAGGAGGGCACACUGGCCUGCCAGGUGUGCGGCAAACAGUUUGAAAAGGCUUCAGAUCUGACAACGCACUUCAGAACUCACGGUAUGGCUUUCAUCAGCGCAAGGAACGCCGGAAAAACUUCCUAAGGCGGCGAAUACGUGCAAGAAGAGAAGUUUCGGUAGGUGAUGAGAAAAUAUUCGUAAGUGCCUUAUUUACUUGUUAUCAAAGUAAGCACACCUCUGCACUAAUUUCACCAAAGAACAGAGUUUGACCGUGACUAGAUUGUAAAACAAUCAAAUGUGAUUUUCACUUAACCUUCUACUCGUGGCGCUCAGGAUCUAAUGCUGCAUUUCUGUGUUCAGUGAUGAUACUAACAAGAUAAGUCAGGGGUGUCAAACUCAAAUACACAAUGGGCCAAAAUGUAAAACUUGAAUAAAAUCGCAGGCCAACAUAGAACAAAUAAACCUUUUAAUAUAUACCAAACAUGUUUUGCUUUAACAUUAAAUAUGGAACCAGCAACGCUUAUAAACAUACAGUAUAUAACUAAAUAGUGCAGACAUGCAAAAUCAAAUUUCAAAUAAAAACACAUCAGUGUCAUUAAUUUAUUAUAUAAAAAUCGUAUGCCUCUUUUCUAUUUGCAUCCUUCUGAUUUAAAUAUCAAAAUAUAGUUUUUCAACAGGUUAAUACAUUUAAAAAUAAAAUAACAAUUAUAAAUCUAGUAUUAGCGGUAAAUGCGCCGCAUAAUACCGGCGGGUCAGCUUUUAUAGUACAAUAAUAAUAUAAUAAUUUGGUAUUGCCUCGCGGGCCAAAUAAAAUUACACUGCGGGCCAAAUUUGGCCCGCGGGCCAGAGUUUGACACCCCUGAGAUAAGAGCUCCACCAUUGUCAGUGACUAGUUCGCUGCUGUGACCACGUACACAUAAUUAUGUGCCUGUAAAGAACUGUGAUGCUACUGUGAUUUUGACGGCUGUUUCAAUGAUUGUUGAUGGACAGCGAUGGAAUGUGUCUGUAUAGAUUUCAAUAUUUUCAUGAUUUGUAUAUUUAGAUAAUCACCACAGUAGUUUGGAAUAUGUUAGCUCAGUUACUAUUAAAUGAGUAUACUUUAUUACCAGCCGUUUUCCAAAACAUACAAUAACAUUUAAGAUUGAUUUGUACCUCUAAAAGCAGCCAUUUGCUUUCAUACAUUUUAUAUGACAACUAAUUUACAGAGACUUCCUUAAAAUAGGUAAUCUAUUGUUUCACAUAGUGUUUCCUGACUGAGCUGCAGUAGGGGAAUGCCUUUGUACUAAAAAGACUUUACUUUUAUUUGCCAACUAACAUAUUUCUGAGCAGAAUGAUGAUGCAAUAUAUUUGGAAGGAAUGUUUUCCCCUAAUAAAGGCAGGGGCUGAAACAUGGUGAUUCUUAACACGUACCAAUAAAUUCGUCUUCACAUUAUUAUUUUUUUCUAGUUUUAUAAACAAAUGACCUGCACAAUUUUGGGUGUUAUUCAUUCAUUAUUGUUAACUGUUGGGCCAAAUUGGGUCGUGGGGGGCCGAUCACAGGGCCGACACAUAGAGACAGACAACCAUUCACGCUCUCAUUCACUCCUACGGACAAUUUAGAGUCGCCAAUUAAAUCUAAGCUGCAUGUUUUUGGACUGUGGGAGGAAGCCGGUACACAUGUACACUCCACACUGAAGAGCUGCAACCCAGAUUCAAACCUGUGAUCCUCUUUUUUUGGGUGUUUUUUUUCAUGCCAGUAUGGACAGGAGGAAUAAUAACUUAAAAUAUAUCCUUGUUUGUUUGUUUACUGGUAUUGACAACCUGUAUUUGCAAGUUUGGAGUCUGUGCACAUUUACAAUUAUAUUGAACUGAAGUUAAUUUGGAAUACCAGAAGAUACAAUCUAAAAACUUAAACUAUGUUUUGGGAAAUGGUCAGCAAUAAUCAGAAGUGUUCACAUUUAAUAGUUAGAGGGGAAAAAAUGGAAAUGUUUAAUACCUUUUUUUUUUUUUUAAGUGGAAUGUACAGUACUGUAUAUGAUUUAUUCCUUCUGUGAGCAAGAAAUGGAAGUAAAAUUAUGUAUUUUAGCUUUUGGUUUGUGGGAUGGAUUUGUCUAAAUGUUGUUUAUAAUGUCACUGUAAAAAAAAAAAAGAAAAAGAUCAUUAUGUAUGUGAUUAUUGUUAUUCCAUAUGCUUCCCUAAGAUAACAUGUUGAAUCUUGUAUAUUUAAUUCAGUCUUUGGCACUGCUAAAAAAAGAAAAUGAUUCUGUAAACUAUAUUCAAAUAAUCAAAUGUUCCAGCAUGGCUCAGUGACUGCCGGCAUUAAUCAGGUUGCUUCUGAUGGGCAGGUGCAAACGCAGAGGACUUGAUAGUUAAAAGUUCAAAUCGAUGACAUCAAAGGAGAAUCCGAAAGGAGGGAAACAAAUGCUGAAAGUUCGGAGAUACUGUAUUUGAAAUGUUUGAAAAUGUUUGAAAUACUGUAUUUGUGUGUUUGAAAAAACUACCUAAUACCUGUUUUUUGUUUUUGCUGUUUAUGUCUGGUUGAAAUAUCUGCAUCACUGAGGUUUUUUCCCUUUUAAUGUGCUGUAAUCAGUGAACUGUGUGUGCUUGUGUUUACUUUCUCAGGAGAUUACCCAAUGCUUUAUUACACACUGUUCUAUAUAACUUUGUUUUUGCAUUGGCUAAACAAUUUCUAAACAAAUGUUUAUUAAAAAAAAUAAAAAUGAAAAUAAAAAUGG